UCUUAUCCGACUUUCCGUUUUAAUUGAAUGACGCUAUACAUAAGAACAUACAUCUAAUUACUCACGCGUCCACCCAGCCUCUUACAGCCAUGCGAAAAGCGACACCCCACCCAGUGGUCGAGCAGUCCGCCUACGGGUACACCCCCACGGAAUACGUCUGCAUCAUCUUCGUCGUCCUCUUCUCGCUCUCGACCCUCGCGCAUGCCGUCCAGGCGGCGCGGUACCGGAUGUGGUUCCUGCUCAGCACGGCGUGCUUCGCGGGCGUGCUCGAGAUCCUGGGGUGGGCGGGGCGCCUGUGGUCCGCGAUCAACCCGCUCACGUUCAAGGCGUACGAGAUGCAGAUCGUCUGCACUAUCAUGGGCCCGACCCCGCUCGCAGCGGCCAACUUCGUCAUCCUCGGUUUGGUCAUCCGGCGGCUGGGUCCGGAGUAUAGUCGGCUGUCGCCCACAGCGUACACUGUGUUGUUCCUAUGUUGCGAUAUCGUGUCCCUCAUUGUCCAGGCGAUCGGUGGAGGCGCGGCCGCGACCGCGGUGAAUAUGUUCAAGGAUCCGAAGAAGGGAGGCAACAUCAUGCUUGGGGGCAUCGCUUUCCAGAUGGUCACGAUAACUGCGUACGUCCUGUGCGCAGGUGAAUUCAUCCUGCGAUACCUCUCGAACCGCCCCGUGCGCGCCGCAGCAUCGAGGGAAGCCAACGCAGACGACGACAACAGGACGGCGACACCCGGGAGCGGUGAUACCCGCCAGGCGCUGUCGCCGCGGAUGAAGGUGCUGCUGUGCGCUCUGAUCUUCAACACGACGUGUCUGUUCAUCCGGGCUGUGUACCGGGUCAUCGAGCUGGCAGAUGGAUGGGGAGGGCGCAUUAUUCACACGCAGGUGUACUUCAAUGUCCUCGAUGGGGCGAUGAUCACCCUGGCUAUCAUCACCCUGAACGUGUUCCAUCCCGGAUAUCUUUUAGAGGCACCAGCGCGCGCGACGAAAGUAGACGAGAAAGAGAUUUGAUGCGCGUAGUUAGACUGUAUUUAUAGUGCCCUGUAAUUGAAUGCUCAUCUAGAAUCACCGGAACAACGCACUGUUCGCAUUGAUUGGCCUG